AAGGCAAUACCACCGGCGCAGUGCAUUGUGGGACACAGAGUAAGAUGGAAGCGGCCACCAGGACCAUGUUGAAGCUUCAAUAACAUAUUGUUUUAAUCGUCAUAUCUCCGCAUGUGGCUGUAAUUUGCGCUUUUGUUGUGAUAGUAACAAAAGAUUCAAUUGGCGUAAGAUCGCGGCUGGACGUGGAAACUGGUGUUAGUGUGUCGCUGUAGAAAACUUCAGCCAUGUCUGUACUGGGAGGUUUACUGAAAGCUGGCGCGUCCUUCUGCCAGUCAGCUGGGACUCUGGUCCACACAGCCAGGACUUUAUCUACUGGUACGCGCUGCCACAUCAGGAUGCAUGCCAUCCCUGAGCCGAAGAUAGUUGACCGGUGGACUGAGAAGAGGAGCAUGUAUGGAGUUUAUGAUAACAUUGGCAUCUUAGGGGACUUUAAAGCUCAUCCCAAAGACCUCAUUGUGGCUCCCUGCUGGCUGAAGGCUUUCAAAGGCAAUGAAUUCCAGCGUCUGAUUAGAAAGAAGAGGAUGGUGGGGGACAGAAUGAUGACUCUGGAAAGACACAACUUGGAGAAGAGAAUUCGCUUCCUCUAUAGACGCUUCAACCGCACUGGCAAACACCGCUAAGACUGCACAGACCACACUGCAAAUAAAUCUGACCAGCCAAUAAUGUUGUCAAAGUGCUGUUUUUUUGCCAUUUUGUCUAAGUUAUUGUGUUCAAAUAAAGAGAAGAUGUUUAUGUUUCAAAAUAA